GCGCAUGCGCAUUAGUUCCACACUUGACUAGCUCACACCGGAGUAACAACAACAGAAAACCAACAGCCGUGAACGGUGUCCAGCGGUGCGAGUAGAGCGGGUCACAUGGUAGCACGUCGGGAGCUGGUUGCCUGCAUAGAGCGUCCGGGGGACGGAGCCGAAGGACCGAACACUCCGAGGUUAGGUAACGGGGCUGGGAAUUGUACGUGCCGCCCCCCCCGGGAAGUCACCGUGUUCGCCUCAGACCGGACCCGCCGAGUCACGUCAACCGGUAACGUUCACGUCACCCGGAGGAAGCUACCGAUGGACCGACCGCCGGCCGCUAACGACCCCUAACCUCAUACGGACGGACUACAAGCUAACAGGCUCAAGUUGGUAGCAUGGAGCGGCUAGCGGUCAGCAUGCUAACCUCCCGGUGAACACAAUCAGUCUCCAUUAGCCGCUAGCUGGCGAGCUAACUGCUAGCCGUGUCACAUCUGGCGUGGAGGAUGGUGGCGCCGACAGCGGCCGAGCCCGCUAGAUGUUCUGAGGCUCUCCCUUUCGCCCGCCCCGCCGGACCCUCACUCGGCCGCACACGGCGUUAAUGUAAACCGGCCAAGCGCUGCGCGUCGGCCCCCCCGCUGCAGGCAGCCAUGCAGACGGCCCAGCUGCAGUACGACUUCUUCAGCGAGGACAACGUUUCUAAAUGGAGAGGCCUGCUCGUCCCCUCAUUGGACAAGGUACUGAAGCAGGUGCAUCCUAACCUGGUGUCCCAGCAGGAGGCGCUGCAGUACAUCGAACAGCUGAUACUGCUGCUGCUCAGCAUGUUGUGUCAGGCUCAACCUCGAAGUGUGCAGGAUGUGGAGGAACGGGUCCAGAAGAGUUUCCCUCACCCAAUCGACAAGUGGGCCAUCGCUGAUGCUCAGGCUGCCAUCGAAAAGAGGAAGAGGAGGAACCCACUUGCUCUGCCCGUCGACAAGAUCCACCCUCUGCUCAAGGAGGUGCUGGGCUACAAGAUCGAUCACCAGGUCUCGGUCUACAUGGUGGCCGUGCUGGAGUACAUCUCAGCCGACAUCCUCAAGCUGGCCGGGAACUACGUGAGGAACAUCCGACACUACGAGAUCUCACAGCAGGACAUCACCGUGGCCAUGUGUGCCGACAAGGUCUUGAUGGACAUGUUCCACCAGGACGAGGAGGACAUCAGCGGCUUCCCCCUGACGGACGAGGAGCCGUCGGCCAACGAGGAGCAGAGUUACUACGAGCUGGUGAGAAACUUCAUGGCCGACGGACGGCACUUCCUGAGGCAGCUUGACCUCCUCAUCAAGGUCUUCAGGGAGCGCUUCAACGCCAACGCCAUGCUCUUCUCGCAGCAUGAUGUGGACAGCAUCUUCAGCCGUGUUCUUGAUGUGCACGAGGUGACAGUCAAGAUGCUCGGCCUCAUCGAGGACACCGUGGAGAUGACGGACGACGGCAGUCCUCACCCGCUGGUGGGCAGCUGCUUUGAGGACCUGGCCGAGGAGUUGGCCUUUGACCCUUACGAGACGUACGCUCAGGACAUCCUGCGCUCCGGCUUCCACGAACACUUCCUGAGUCAGGUCACCAAGCCGGGAGCCGCUUUCCACCUUCAGUCCAUCUGUCAAGGCUUCAAGGAGGCGGUCCAAUACGUCUUACCUCGACUGCUCCUCACGCCCGUUUACUACUGUCUGCACCUCUUUGACAUCAUCAAGCAACUGGAGGAGAAAAGCGAGGACGAGGAGGACAAGGAGUGUCUGAAGCAGGCCAUCACGGCUCUGCUCAACCUGCAGAGCAGCAUGGAGAGGAUCUGCUCGCGCAGUCUGGCCAAGAGGAGGCUCAGCGAGUCGGCGUGCCGCUUCUACAGCCACCAGAUGAAGGGCAAACACUUGGCCAUCAAGAAGAUGAACGAGAUCCAGAAGAACAUCGACGGCUGGGAGGGGAAGGACAUCGGCCAGUGCUGCAACGAGUUCAUCAUGGAGGGCACGCUGACCCGCGUGGGGGCCAAACACGAGCGCCACAUAUUCCUCUUCGACGGCCUGAUGAUCUGCUGCAAGACCAAUCACUGCCCGCCGCGUCUCCCCGGCGCCGGCUCCGCUGCCGAGUACCGCCUGAAGGAGAAGUUCUUCAUGCGCAAAGUCCAGAUCAACGACAAGGACGACAAGGAGGGCGAGUACCGCCACGCGUUUGAGAUCAUACUCAAAGACGGCAACAGCGUCGUGUUCGCCGCCAAGUCGGCCGAGGAAAAGAACGGCUGGAUGGCGGCGCUCGUCUCGCUGCAGUACCGCAGCACGCUGGAGCGCAUGCUGGACACGGCUGCGCUCCAGGAGGACAAGGACGAGCACGUCAAGCUCCCCGGACCCGACGUGUACCGCUUCGCUCAGCCCGACUCCGAGGAGAAUGUCGUCUUCGAGGACAACGUCCAGUCCAAGUCCGGGAUCCCGGUGGUCAAAGCUGGCACCGUUCUGAAACUCAUCGAGAGGCUCACCUUCCACAUGUACGCGGAUCCAAACUUCGUCCGAACAUUUCUGACCACCUACAGAUCUUUCUGUAAACCGCAGGAGCUGCUGGACCUGCUCAUCGAGAGGUUUGAGAUCCCGGAACCCAGACCCAACGAGGCGGAUCACCUGGAAGGAGGAGAGCAGCCCCUCAGCGCCGAACUCAAACGCUUCCGCAAAGAAUUUGUACAGCCGGUCCAGCUCAGAGUUCUCAACGUGUGCCGCCACUGGGUGGAACAUCACUUCUACGACUUUGAACGAGACACCUGCCUGCUUCGACGACUCGAGGAGUUCAUUGCUUCCGUCAGAGGUAAAGCGAUGAGGAAGUGGGUGGAGUCGAUCACAAAGAUCAUCCAGAGGAAGAAGCAGGUCCAGGUGAGCGGGCCGAGUCACAGCAUCACCUUCCAGAACUCGCCCCCGCCGGUCGAGUGGCACAUCUGCAAGCCAGGAAACGCGGACCAGUUUGACCUCAUGACCCUUCACCCCAUCGAGAUCGCCCGGCAGCUCACUCUGCUCGAGUCGGAUUUCUACAGGUCAGUGCAGCCGUCGGAGCUGGUGGGCAGCGUUUGGACCAAAGAGGACAAAGAGAUCCAUUCUCCAAACCUGCUCCGGAUGAUCCGACACACCACCAACCUGACCCUGUGGUUUGAAAAGUGCAUCGUGGAGACGGAGAACCUGGAGGAACGCGUGGCGGUCGUGUCCCGCAUCAUCGAGAUCCUUCAGGUCUUCCAGGAACUCAACAACUUCAACGGAGUCCUGGAGGUGGUCAGCGCCAUGAACUCCUCGCCGGUCUACAGGCUGGACCAUACCUUCGAGCAAAUUCCAAGUCGGCAGAGGAAAAUUUUGGAGGAGGCCCAUGAGCUGAGCGAAGACCACUACAAGAAGUACUUGGCCAAACUGCGCUCCAUCAACCCACCCUGCGUCCCCUUCUUUGGGAUCUACCUGACCAACAUCCUGAAGACGGAGGAGGGGAACCCGGACUUCCUGCACAGACACGGGAAAGACCUGAUCAACUUCAGCAAGAGACGGAAAGUGGCGGAGAUCACGGGAGAGAUCCAGCAGUACCAGAACCAGCCGUACUGCCUCAGAGUGGAGAACGACAUCAGGAAGUUCUUCGAGAACCUCAACCCGAUGGAGGACAUGUGCGAGAAGGACUUCACGGACCAUCUCUUCAACAACUCUCUCCUCAUCGAGCCUCGCAACGCUCGCUCGUUACCACGCUUCGCCAAGAAGUACACGUGCCCGCUCAAGUCGCCGGGAAUUCGCCCCACCUCGGCGAGGCCCAGCACCAUGCGUCACCCGACGCCGCUGCAGAACGAGCCCAGGAAGAUCAGCUACAGCCGCAUUCCCGACAGCGAGGCCGACGGCGGCGCCGUCUCCGCCCCCAACUCCCCGUGCACGCCGCUGACUCCGCCCCCCGCCUCGGCAGCCUCCAGCUCCACCGACGUCGGCAGCGUGUUCGAUUCGCCGCAGGGUCCCAGCAGCCCCUUCCACUCCACUGGCGACGCCAUCUUUGGUCUGGUCUCGCUGCCUCACGGCCCACGGUCGUCCUCGGUCUCGUCCAUGGUGAGUUUCAGCCGCGGUCCCGAAGACGUUCCCGUUCCUCCACCGGUUCCUCCCCGAAGACGACCAGAGUCCGCUCCGGCAGAGUCGUCUCCGUCCAAGAUGACGUCCAAGUUGGACAGCCCCCCCGCCGUCCCGCCUCGUCAGCCCACCUGCAAGCUCCUCCCCCCUCGCUACUCCUCCCUGUCGUCCUCGUCCCCGCCCGACAGCCCGCCGUUGCUGCCCCCGCGAGAGCCGCUCAACUCCCCCCUUCACCUCCUUCCUCCCCCGCAGGGACGUCCCCGCUGCGAGCUGCUGACUCAGGCCUUCUUCCCGUCCACUUCCUCCCUCAGCUCAGCCCCCACCGCAUGUUCUUCACCCCCUCCUUCCAUCAACCUAUCCCCCGCUUUGAGGAAGAUGCCCCUCCCGUCGCCGCCCCUGCCUCUCCUCCCGCUGGAUGGGCCCCCUGUGCCGCCUCGCCACGGCGUCCCCAAGCUGCCCCCUAAGACCUACAAGAGGGAGUCUCUGAGCCACGCCCCCUUGCUGGACAGCCCCCCCGCACUGUGAGGGAGCAGGGGGGCCCUGGACAAAACAAACACUACAGCCGCUCGGGUUAGGCCUUCCGAUGCGGACUGACAAAAUGUCAUGUGCUCUUAUUUUGAAACACGGCGGUCUGGAGCCUUCAGGUACCACAAGCAGCAGAACCAAAGAGGUACUGUGUUGGACUGGUAUCGGUUCUGUCGGUGAACGGCCUUCUUUGACACAAGGGAAUAAAACUUGAUCCGUCUCACUGAGGAUGGGGGACUCGCUGGUGCUUGUGCUCCACUUUGCAUUCCCACUGGCACAAACAUGAACGUGAUUGUGUUCACACCAGUUUAGAACCCGUUUAGAACCAGUUUAGAACCGCUUUACCGUGUUUCACCGGUAGCGCUACAUCGUCAACAUCAUCAUCAUCAUCGGCUCUUAAUGAGGUGCCUUGAAACCAACCAACCCUCUCGUUUGUCAUUUCAGUCUCUUCAACCAGGACUGCUGAAAUAUCCCUUUCAAAAUAAAAGGUUUUGUUGCCAUAAAAACACAUUGACAGCUUGACAUACUUGUGGAAACUUUACUCUUAUUUUGUAAAGGACAGCAGCUGCGGCCACUUCCUCCUGUAAUGCUUUAGUCCUCGUC